AUGCCGCCUGUGGAAGAGAAAGAGCCCGAGGUCGAACAAACCGCACGGAUCUUGGAGCAUUUUGUGGAUGUCAUUCCUCUCAACACCUCCGAUUCAGCAGCUGUGGCCCCUGAUAUCCUCAAUAGAUACUGGAUGACCUCGGAUCCACAGAGACGCGAUCAGCAUCUUGCCUUGGUCCGAGAUGUAGUUCACGCCCUGCCGGAAUGGGACAUUAUCGCGGUCCUCUAUGAGGUCUUUGUUACACGUUGCCAGGGCCCAUUGGGAAAUAUAGUACACACACCAACCUUCAUGAAGCAAGCUGAUCAAUUGCGCCACUGCUUGAGUAUGGCUUCAUCCGAUGAGGUCGUCGCGAAUACGAUAUCCAUGGACUCCCUUGCCGUUUUGCUUCUUGCGCUUGUGCUUGGACUUGCCUUUCAUCCAACUCCAUCCCUCUUAGGUGUCCAGCUCACACCGUUAACUUUCCGCGUAGAGCAACUGCGCGCUUCCGAUGAGCCUGCAGCGACAUGGCGGUCCCUCAGUGCCCGUUGUCUCCAAGGAGGCGUCUCACUCUUUUGUGGAUCCAUCUCCAGCUUACAGGCGGCCAUCAUGAUUCUACUGGAUGGCCAGGAAACCUCGUUAGAGCUCGAUACCGUCUUGGUCUCCGCCAUCUCGGGGGCGCGUAAACUUGGAUUGCAUCGCCUGGGAGAUGCCAUACUAGAUGCUUCUCCAUCAUUGGAUUACGUCUCCCCUGCGACCGCUAAACCACCUCAUAUUCGAACUGAAAUUUCCAUUCGCAUUUGGUGGGCUCUUGUUAUGAGAGAUUGGUCGCGAGGACAAGCUCUCGGAUACUAUACCAUCCGUCCUUCGCAAUUUAAUACUCGGAUGCCGUUGCACCUCAAUGAUGAGGAUCUGCAAAGGGCCCAUGGCAAUAUUUCUGAGCGCCCUCUGUCUGAGUUCACCAUGCUUUCCUAUACUGUACACGCAUUGAAGCUUGUCAUCAUGGUGCGGGAAUCAAUUGAUCUUCAAGAUUCCGCCGAAGAAGCGGCCCAGAGGCGCCAGCAUCUUAACCAAAAGUACGAAAAUUAUGUGACGAGUUUGCCGUCCUACUUUAGAUUGGGAAGCACCGUCGGACUCACAGCCAUGGGCCCCAUGGCUGCAAUACCAGUCCAGCGGUUCAUGUUACAUCAACAGCUGUGGAGUCUACUCCUCCGCCUGCAUCGCGCCACUCUCUCUUCUCCUAUGGGACGUGCAUCCUGUCAGCAACUGGCUCAUAAUAUCAUCAACACGCAGGCCCAGCUUCAAGCCCGCUGCACGGUUUGUUGCUCCUUAUCAACCAACGAUACGCAACUUUUCAACGCGACCGUUGUUCUCGUCUUGGGUCUACUGUUUGAUUCGCCAUCAAAUGAGGCUGAACGGUCCAGUGCCCAGCUCAGUCGAUUGAUGACAGGAGACCGCAUUCGAGAAGCCAUUGAAUUGUUGCGUACCAAAAUUCCACCGGAGGAAUAUCCCUCCGGGGACGCCAUGCCAAAAGACCAGCUACAAAGUUCGGUUUCGCGGAGUGUUGUGGCCCUUGAGGCACUAAUGAAGUUGGAACAGACUUCAGGCGACGGCGACAACCGCCAUGCAGGAAAUAAGACUGGACCAAGCCAGAAAAAUUCCCUCUACCGCCAGGUGAUAGAGAUUCUGAAAAGCUUGAGUGGUUCGGCCACUCCCACUGAUUCACUCUCGACUCCCGGGAACGCUUCUUUGAGUCUUUCUAUCCCUGUUGCUGACGGGUUCCCUGAGCUAGAUGUGAUGCCCAUCUUAUCCAAUGGUCUUAGCCCCAAUGUGUGGGACUUCUUAGACUUCCAGCUACCACCGGAUGACGCAGGCAAAGAUAAGUUUUUUGGAGACAUGUAUGGGGAUAUGCGUUUCACCCACGCACUGGACCUAAGCCAAAAUGGCAUCUCUGCAGCGCGCUUUGCCCACGAAUCAAUAUCAUCUCUGGGGAGUGAACCCAUGUUGGGCCCCGCCACGACCCCAUCAAGCGCUGACGCCUUUGCAGCUGCCAACUUCUACGAUGUUAUAGAGAAUGGAGGCACUCAUUCCUGGUGA